CAUGGUGAACCACAGUGUCGAAGGAACAACAGCCGGCGAUUAAUGUUUGAAACAGGUCGAAAAGGGAUUCUACAGGUAGUUCAGAACAACGAUCACUGUUCUAUCGGUGCUUGAUAGGAAGUUGUUGGUGUUGAAAAAGGAAGCUUCAGUUCAAUUGAUUGAUGUGUUGCACAAAAAUUUGGCUUAUUUGUUAGAAAAAAAACUGUGUAAUUUUGGAGCUGUAACCGAAGAAUUGUUUGCCGUGAAGCGAGUGUUUGGUGCCCUCUUGAAUCAGUGAAUUCGAGUGAUUUAAUUGACCAAAAGUUUCCAACAGCACAUCUUCAUUUUUUCGUCCCAUCAUCCGGAAUAAUCAUCAUCCGAGCUCAGCAAACACACACACGGUCAGAAUGAAUCAAAUUGCACGUAAUCAAUCGGCCACCGUUUAUACCGUCACACUAAUCCUGUUCAGCAUAGUGCUACUGAUGGGAGGCCACAUGUGCAGCGCGGAACCAUCACUCGAUUCCAACAGCCUAUUCGGUGCCGAUGAGAAGCAUGUUGGUGACAAACGGCCGUUCUUUGUUGGCAGUCGCUAUGGACGAUCACACGUUUAUGGCGCGAAGGACCUCAGACAGGUGAAUGUGGUACCUCGGAAUGACCGUUUUUUCCUUGGCUCAAGGUAUGGCAAACGGUCUGACCCACUAACGAAGGAGAUCGAAACGGAUAACAACAAUGGCGCGGAAUUCACCUAUCUCGCUUGUUUGCACACCGGAGUUUCUAACCUGUACAGGUGUUAUGGAAAGGAGCGAGAUCUUCCAGCGAGUGGCCAAACAUAUCAGCCAUACAACCUAGAUUCGUCGGAUCAGUAAAAUCGCGCAAACCGCUCGCCUCCGAUUGCCAACCCUUAUCACCACGCUGCUAUAAAUCAAGAAGAACCAUAAUUGAAACUCUUAUUUAUGAGGCAUACGGAAAGAAUAUAAGAAUUUUGGUCUGAUUGCUGAACAAAAAUUCAAUCGUUUGAAGUUUUAGUCUUAACUUUCACUUCUGUUUCGAAAACUUCAAACAAACAAAUAGGCUGGGUAGUUUUUGUUCAGCAAUAUGAAACCAAGACGAGCCUUUGGUUAGUUUGAGAAUUUGUUUAUUGAACCAAAUGAAAUUAAAAAAUAUAUAUAUGCCUAACUAACAGACUAAACCAGCACAAGUAUGACGUACAGAUGGACGUUUGCCUAUUUAUUACUGAUUUUGUUUUAUGUAUUUGAUAUUUUUGGGAAUUGUUACAAAUAAAUCCUAAUGAAAAGCAAAACGACACUUGAUCAUGAAAUUGUACGGUUAUCAUCAUUAGGGUUAUAAAUUAUAAGUCUGUGUGCAUGAUCGUCAUGUGAAUAGUGAUCUAUACAUCAAUUCAAACUAAAUGCAAUUUUAUCUUUAUCAGCACUGUUCUUAAUAAGGCAUACAAUUUGUCAAUCAUAAGAAAUGCUCUGUAAAUAAAAGAAAUAGCGCUUUUAGAGUUGUCCAGAAA